CGUACGCCCGGCCUGCACUGCGGUGUUUCCCGCGCGGGCUACCCCAGUUCCCGGGUGUACGGCGCGGCCUUUUGUACAGCCGCCGGCGCCGUCGCCGUCAUGGGUUUCCUGAAACUGAUUGAGAUCGAGAACUUUAAGUCGUACAAGGGUCGGCAGAUUAUCGGACCAUUUCAGAGGUUCACCGCCAUCAUUGGACCCAAUGGCUCUGGUAAGUCAAAUCUCAUGGAUGCGAUCAGCUUCGUGUUGGGUGAGAAAACCAGCAACCUGCGAGUAAAGACCCUGAGGGACCUGAUCCAUGGAGCUCCUGUGGGCAAGCCAGCUGCCAACCGGGCCUUUGUCAGCAUGGUCUACUCUGAGGAGGGUGCUGAGGACCGCACCUUUGCCCGUGUCAUUGUUGGAGGUUCCUCUGAGUACAAGAUCAACAACAAAGUGGUCCAGCUACAUGAAUACAGUGAGGAAUUAGAGAAGUUAGGCAUUCUCAUCAAAGCUCGUAACUUCCUCGUCUUCCAGGGUGCUGUGGAAUCUAUUGCCAUGAAGAACCCCAAAGAGAGGACAGCUCUAUUUGAAGAGAUCAGUCGCUCUGGGGAACUGGCCCAGGAAUAUGACAAGCGAAAGAAGGAAAUGGUGAAGGCUGAAGAGGACACACAGUUUAAUUACCAUCGCAAAAAAAACAUUGCGGCUGAACGCAAGGAGGCCAAACAGGAGAAAGAAGAGGCUGACCGUUACCAGCGCCUGAAGGAUGAGGUGGUGCGAGCUCAGGUGCAGCUGCAGCUCUUUAAGCUUUAUCACAACGAAGUGGAAAUUGAGAAGCUCAAUAAGGAACUGGCCUCUAAGAACAAGGAGAUCGAGAAGGACAAGAAGCGAAUGGACAAGGUAGAGGAUGAGCUGAAGGAGAAGAAGAAGGAGCUGGGCAAAAUGAUGCGGGAGCAGCAGCAGAUUGAGAAGGAGAUCAAGGAGAAGGACUCAGAGUUGAACCAGAAGCGGCCUCAGUACAUCAAAGCCAAGGAGAAUACCUCCCAUAAAAUCAAGAAGCUGGAAGCAGCCAAGAAGUCCCUACAGAAUGCUCAGAAGCAUUAUAAGAAGCGUAAAGGUGACAUGGAUGAGCUGGAAAAGGAAAUGCUGUCAGUAGAGAAAGCCCGACAGGAGUUUGAGGAACGGAUGGAAGAGGAGAGUCAGAGUCAGGGCAGAGACUUGACCUUGGAGGAGAAUCAGGUGAAGAAAUACCACCGGUUGAAAGAAGAAGCCAGCAAGAGAGCAGCUACCUUGGCCCAGGAGCUGGAGAAGUUCAAUAGAGAUCAGAAAGCUGACCAGGACCGGCUGGAUCUGGAAGAGCGGAAGAAAGUAGAGACAGAGGCCAAGAUCAAACAAAAGCUGCGGGAGAUUGAAGAGAAUCAGAAACGGAUUGAGAAACUAGAGGAAUACAUCACCACUAGCAAGCAGUCCCUAGAGGAGCAGAAGAAGUUGGAGGGGGAGCUGACAGAGGAGGUGGAGAUGGCCAAGCGGCGUAUUGAUGAGAUCAAUAAAGAGCUGAACCAGGUGAUGGAACAGCUGGGGGAUGCCCGUAUCGACCGACAGGAGAGCAGCCGCCAACAGCGAAAGGCAGAGAUUAUGGAAAGCAUCAAGCGCCUAUACCCUGGCUCUGUGUAUGGCCGCCUCAUUGACCUCUGUCAGCCCACACAGAAGAAGUAUCAGAUUGCUGUAACCAAAGUUUUGGGCAAGAACAUGGAUGCCAUUAUCGUGGACUCUGAGAAGACAGGCCGGGACUGUAUUCAGUACAUCAAGGAACAGCGUGGGGAGCCUGAGACCUUCUUGCCUCUUGACUACCUGGAGGUGAAACCUACAGAUGAGAAGCUCCGGGAACUGAAGGGGGCCAAGCUGGUGAUUGAUGUGAUUCGCUAUGAGCCACCCCACAUCAAAAAGGCCCUGCAGUAUGCUUGUGGCAAUGCCCUCGUCUGUGACAAUGUGGAGGAUGCUCGCCGCAUUGCCUUUGGAGGCCACCAGCGUCACAAGACAGUGGCACUGGAUGGGACCCUGUUCCAGAAGUCAGGGGUGAUCUCUGGUGGGGCCAGUGACUUGAAGGCCAAGGCUCGGCGCUGGGAUGAGAAAGCAGUAGAUAAAUUGAAAGAGAAGAAGGAGCGGUUGACAGAGGAGCUGAAAGAGCAGAUGAAGGCAAAGCGGAAAGAGGCAGAGCUACGUCAGGUGCAGUCUCAGGCUCAUGGACUGCAGAUGCGGCUCAAGUACUCGCAGAGUGACCUGGAACAGACCAAGACACGACAUCUAGCCCUGAAUCUACAGGAAAAGUCCAAACUGGAGAGUGAGCUAGCCAACUUUGGGCCUCGCAUUAAUGAUAUCAAGAGGAUCAUCCAGAGCCGAGAGAGGGAAAUGAAAGACUUGAAGGAGAAGAUGAACCAGGUAGAGGAUGAGGUGUUUGAAGAGUUUUGUCGGGAGAUUGGUGUGCGCAACAUCCGGGAGUUCGAGGAAGAGAAGGUGAAGCGUCAGAAUGAAAUUGCCAAGAAGCGUUUGGAGUUUGAGAAUCAGAAGACUCGCUUGGGCAUCCAGUUGGAUUUUGAAAAGAACCAACUGAAAGAGGACCAGGAUAAAGUACACAUGUGGGAGCAGACAGUGAAAAAGGAUGAAAAUGAGAUAGAAAAGCUCAAGAAGGAGGAGCAAAGACACAUGAAGAUCAUAGAUGAGACCAUGGCCCAGUUACAAGACCUGAAGAAUCAGCACCUGGCCAAGAAGUCGGAGGUGAAUGACAAGAAUCAUGAGAUGGAGGAGAUUCGUAAGAAACUGGGGGGCGCCAACAAGGAAAUGACCCAUUUACAGAAGGAGGUAACAGCCAUUGAGACCAAGCUGGAACAGAAACGCAGUGACCGCCACAAUCUGCUGCAGGCUUGCAAGAUGCAGGAUAUCAAGUUGCCGCUUUCUAAGGGCACCAUGGAUGACAUUAGUCAAGAAGAGGGUAGCUCCCAGGGGGAGGAUUCAGUGAGUGGUUCCCAGCGAACUUCCAGCAUCUAUGCACGAGAGGCCCUGAUCGAGAUUGACUACGGUGACCUGUGUGAAGACCUGAAGGAUGCCCAGGCUGAGGAGGAGAUCAAACAGGAGAUGAAUACACUGCAGCAGAAGCUGAAUGAGCAGCAAAGUGUACUCCAGCGUAUUGCUGCGCCUAACAUGAAAGCCAUGGAGAAGCUAGAGAGUGUCCGAGACAAGUUCCAGGAGACCUCAGAUGAGUUUGAGGCAGCCCGAAAGCGAGCCAAGAAAGCCAAGCAGGCAUUCGAACAGAUCAAGAAGGAGCGCUUUGACCGCUUCAAUGCUUGUUUUGAAUCUGUGGCCACCAACAUCGAUGAGAUCUACAAGGCCCUAUCCCGUAACAGCAGUGCCCAGGCAUUCCUGGGCCCUGAGAACCCUGAGGAGCCCUACCUGGAUGGCAUCAACUACAACUGUGUGGCUCCUGGCAAACGCUUCCGGCCUAUGGACAACUUGUCAGGGGGGGAGAAAACAGUGGCGGCUCUGGCCUUGCUCUUUGCCAUCCACAGCUACAAGCCAGCCCCCUUCUUCGUCCUGGAUGAGAUCGAUGCUGCCCUGGAUAACACCAACAUUGGCAAGGUGGCAAAUUACAUCAAGGAGCAGUCGACUUGCAACUUCCAGGCCAUCGUCAUCUCUCUCAAGGAGGAGUUCUACACCAAGGCUGAGAGCCUCAUUGGAGUCUACCCCGAGCAAGGGGACUGUGUGAUCAGCAAAGUCCUGACCUUCGACCUCACCAAGUACCCAGAUGCCAACCCCAACCCCAAUGAGCAGUAGCAGUAGUUCUGCCCUCCUGCCCUGUCUGGAUCCCUAAGCUGCCCCUCUCCCAAUCUCUGGAUAUUUGGCUCCCAACCUUCCCCUAUCUCCCGUCCCUGUUUGGUAUAGUCAUGGGAUUUAGGCACUGCUGUCAAGCAUGAAGAGGAACAGAGGUGAUGUUAGGUCUGGAGCAAAAAUUCCUGAGCUUCAGGGAGUAUCCUGGCCUUUGGAAGGAGGUGCUGAGCUGAACUGAGCUGAACAGGGCCAUCUGUCCAUUCCUUACCUUCCUCUCUCCUAGACCUCCCUCCCUCCCAUCACCCAUAAUCAUGGGUCCCUUGGGCCCCUUGCAUCCUGCUUGUGUGUGGGUGUGUAUGUGUGUAUAUAUGUGUCCGCGUGUGUGCAUAUGGGCGUGCUUGCAAAAUAAUAAAGAUAUUGGAGACCCAUUUUAGAAGGAGCCUAGGCUGAAUUUGAUUCCAAGAGAGCUUAGUAUGACAGCACCCCAGAGCUGGGCAAAGGUAUUCAGGACCUCAUAGGAAUCAGUCACGUGAAGUUGCCCUCAUUCACUCAUUUGUGUUCUCAUUCAUUUGUGUAUUCGUCAGACAUAUAUUGAGCACCUUCUGUUUGUCAGGCUCUAUUCUAGAAAUACAGAGCUAGAUCAGAUAUGAUCUCUACCUUCCUACCGAGGAGAUGCAGUGGGUUCAUGGUUUCCCAUGGUCAGCUGAAUCAUAUUUAUAGGUACUUUGAAUUUGAGAAGAAGAUGAUCACCUCCAGGCUUCCUGGAGAAGGUCACAUUUGAGCUGAACCUUGACAAAUUGGUAGGAUUUGGUUGGGCACUAGGAGCAGAGCCUGGGCUCUGGGGACAGACAUUUGUGGGUUCUAGUCCUUUUUUUAAAAUCACUUACUAGUUUGAUGUUGGGCAAGUCAUUUGACCUUUCUGUGCCUCAGUUUCCUCAUCUGUAAAAUGGGGCUAACAAUAUUACCUACCUCAUAGGAUUUAAUGAUGUCAAGCUCCUCACUGGGGGCCUUAUCCCUGCUUGGAGCCCACUAGGUGCCGACCCCUCAGAAUAUAAGCCUUCUCAUACCUAGACCCCUGAGGGCGCUGAUCCCAGUUGUUGGGGAAAGAAGGAACCUCCAAAUCUGGGAGAUGCUAAAUGCCUUGGUUACUGAGAAAGUUCCAGGGCAGCAGUGGGGUUUACCCAGUAAGGGAAGGGCCUAAGGAAGCCUAUAGCUUCAAUCGUGUAUGGUAACCAGGUGCCUGGGCCCCAACCCAGGACAUGAGGAAGUUGGGGAGAGGUAGCCUGGGCCACAUCCCAGCCGAAUGUGUGUGAAGUUCCCUCUGGGAACUAACCCGUGUCAGCUGCAGGGACCGUGCAGAGGCAGCAGAGCCUGCUGCCAUGAGGUCAGCCUUUGCUCGUUCACGUACACUGUCAGACCAUCACCUUGUCCUGAUUGUAUACUGCAUUCUUGUUUCUUCAAAGUUAAAUCUGUUCUAAUUACUCAA